AUGGCCGUUACGGACCUUCUUAUAGGUGCUAUAUCUAUACCGUUAUCUGCUAUAGAUGGAUUCUUACUUCCCUAUCAAAUUGUUGCUGCUCAACAUAUUUGCACGCUCGACGUGGCAACAGUGUGGUUGUCACUCACUCUGACAUUUUGUUCGCUGUUCCAUCUGGUGCUGAUUGCAUGGGAGAGAUACGUGGCCAUUCGAAAAUGGAGGUACCACAGAGAUACACUGACUAAAAGCCGCUUGAAAAAGCUGGCAGCGAUAGCUUGGACUUCAGGACCAGUAUUCGUUGUGAGCCCAUUUGUUUUUUCCACAGCGACCAAUGGAAAGACUAACAUUGCAGUUUUUGUUGUUUCAACAUGUCUGAUCCUGGCACUCAUCGUAUAUUUUUACGUCAUGGUGUACCUUGAAAUUCGCAAGCGAAAAUUCAAUCAGAUUCUUCAGGUCAGCGUGUUAGUGUUAUUGAAAACAGAAUACAGAGUUGCGAAGACCACUGCUUUGGUUACGGCAGCCUUGUUUCUUUCCUUCGUUCCUGUUGUUUCUCUCCCUUUUCUGGGAAGAGCUUUUCCCGUACUUCAAAAAAUGACGUCGUGGCGCGUAGUGGAAAUACUAGUGCUUUCUAACUCUUUAGUUAAUCCACUUAUUUACUGUUACAGAGACUGUCGUUUUAAGAAAGUUGUUCUCGAGUUAUUGAGGAUUAAAAACCCUAAACCAAAGAAUGCAGUGGACAUAGUGAGAUUCACUGAACGAACAGAUGUAGAUGGUCCACUGAAAGAUAGGAUGGAGAUCGUACAAGAAGUAGAUAAAAAUAUCCGUUUGGCGAGAUCAGCAUCUUUGGAUUUGACCCGACUUUGUGAUCGACCUUACAUCGAGCCCAAUAAAAUGUUGGCUAAGAGAAGUAUGUCGACUCCGUAUAUACAUGUAAGUGGCAUUUCGGACGAAGACUAACUAGAAGCGUGUAAGACCAUCGGCCAUCGUGGUCCAUAGCACGAAGCUGUUUGAAGAACCUCAGCGAGAAUAUGAUUCAGACCUGCUGCCACAAAGAACCGAUCCUUAAGAUCGAUGACCAUCUUAAGAAACGGAUGAUAAGAGCAAAUAUCGAGCGAACAGACUAUUUUCCACACACGAUUGAGAGAAUUUCAGUAGAUUUUUUUUAUAUACAAGAAUAUAUUCUAUAAGAAUAUCAAGGCUGAAAUUUAGGAAAUUUUAAGAAUAUGUUAAGAAUAAACCUCAGGCUGCGAUUUUGAAAAGGAUAUAAUUUUGUGUGCUGAAAAUCUAUAAACAUACACAAUGGAAUAUGUUUUUAACUUACUCCUUUCUCUAAACGGCAACUUCCCUAGCCAACAAAACGAAAAAAAAAAACCCUCCACUAACUAUAUUGAUACCCCAAUAUAUUCUAAAACGGAAAUGUCAUAAGCUAUAAUUUAGGAAUAACACAAGAAUGCUUUCAGCCUAAAAUUGGCGAAAACAAUAAGAAUAUUCAGCAACAUUCUUAUAAAAUAUUCAUGUAUUGAUAUGCACGAACAUUCUUGUAAAAGAGAGUGUGUAACUACAUGUAAAAAAAACCUUUGCAUAAUUAUUAUCAGCAGGCGCAAGACUAGUUAGUCUUGGAAACGCGUACAAACACCGUAUCUAAGAAAAUCUUUGGAAUAGUCUUCCCACAACUCGUGUUUAAUUUAUAUCUGUCGAGACUACAAAUUGUUUCAAAAGUUCGCUCCGAUCUGCGCGAUACGAUAUAUUUUGAUUACAUUGAAUGAAUUAAGCAUUUGCAACCAGAAUGACUUUUUUUUAUUAUUUUUUUUCCAGACAUUUUCUAAGGAAGUUCACUAAUAUUAUUUAAGGAAACCUCCUCUUGCAUAAGACAGUUCUAAAUGAUUGAUAAUAUAUAACUACUAAAUAUGGACGGACGUUUUAAAGAGAUACUUUUACUUUUUUGGGCCCAGAGAAUCGACAGGAUAUUUUAAUCAAGUGCGUGUAUUAUAUUUUUCCACUUCAAUAAUGAAAUUCAAAUUUAGAAAUCUUACUGUUACCAAGCAGCUGGCCCUGAAAAGUCCGUUCGAAAAACCAGGUCCUGUUAAAAAUCCAAGAAUUUCUUGAAUAUCGUUAAAUUACUCUCCGACCGUACUCCUCUAAUUAUUGAAAAUUCUUGAAAUUUCUUGAACAACUUAGACGUGGUUAAACUGCUUUUUGCAAGCAGAAGUUUCUUAUCUAUUCUUCUUUUCUUUUCUUUUUGUAAAUUCGGCAGGUACCAUAAAGGAUAGAGACAAUUUUCAAACAUUUGUAUUAAUUUUUUUCUGUGGGAAAGUGACUCUAUUAAAUUUCGUACUAUAUAUAUUUUAUAAGUAUAGGUUCAGUUUUGGAAAACAUCAAAUAGAUUUAAAUUCGCCAUGAAAAAGGAAGCUUCGUUGCAUUGAAACGGCAGUACAAUACGCCUUUCAUGUUGGAAAUGCCCUUUUGACGAUUUUUAUCAAUUCUAAUUGACGGGAAACAGGUCCAAAAAAAGAUUUGAUUAAAAGGCGGUUUCUUUGCUCUCGCCGAAUUGUUAAAAUGAAGUUUUGUUUUGCAAUUUUUUUUUUCAUUGUCAAGAAAGCCGGAAUGAAACGCCCUCUCUUGAACUGAAUUUUCUUGGCGCCUAUGACAGCGCGGUACGUAUUUCUGUAUAAGGUUGCUGUGUCCUAUUUUAGCAACACUCUCCUUUAAAGUGUUGUAAUCGAUGGUCCUAGUUUUAAACUUGAAAGCAAUCCUGGCCAUCUUAAGUGCGAUUCCAAGCUUCCGUGCUCUGAUUUUCUGUGGCUUAGUUUGUGUUAUCUUAUUGAGUGGUUUUACCUUUAGUGAAGUCGACAUAAAUUCCGUCCUAGUGUUUUUGCAUUCAUUCUUAUCAGCAACGUCAUUACGAACUAUUGCCAAUUAUUUUAGCUAGCUUAAGUAAGAAGUAAAAAAGAGGAUUAGUUGAUGUGCAAUUCAAUUUAAACCUAUUGUUACUUCGCAGCUGGUCAGGUUUGAUUGGAUUGUUUUCUUUACUUUUCUACCCAUAUCGCUAAGUAACAAUGGCGUACACUGUGUGUUUGUUUGUUUAUUUAUUUUUUUUUCCAGUAUCUGAAUUAGAUUGUAAUCAUUAAUUUCCUAGUGAUAGCACUAAGCAAGAGUAAUGCAUUGAUUAACCAACUGAGUCCUGGUACCUUCACCUAUUGGGUACCUGUGGUCUUACUAAUGAGAGUGUUAAAUUUAGAAUUAAGUUAAGAUCGAUAAUGAGCUAUCCGUGUAAUUGUCUUUUGCCAUUUUUGUUUGAGAUAUAAAAGAUUUAAAUCUUUUAAUAACCGUAAAGAGUUACGUUGAAACCAAGGUGUGCAUACUUCAUAGCUUGAAAGUGCUUGUUUGUCAGUCAGUUUUAGGAAGUCUUGAAGCGUCCAUCAUGCCAUCGAAUACGAUUAACUCAGUGUUUUAUUGCCCACAUAUUCCACAAUUAAUAUGGGAUGUGCAUGACUCCAUUUCUCCUUGGAUAUUUGCCGCUGUUGCAUCUAUAAUCUCACCCGCUGCAGUUCUGUUGAACGCGUUAGUUAUCAUAGCAGUUAUGAAAAGGAGAGAACUACAGAAACUUUCCAAUAUCCUGUUGUCAAGUAUGGCCGUUACGGACCUUCUUGUAGGUGCUAUAUGUAUACCGUUGUCUGCUAUAGAUGGAUUCUUACUUCCCUAUCAAAUUGUUGCUGCUCAGCAUAUUUGCACGCUCGACGUGGCAACAGUGUGGUUCUCACUCACUCUGACAUUUUGUUCGCUGUUCCAUCUGGUGCUGAUUGCAUGGGAGAGAUACGUGGCCAUUCGAAAAUGGAGGUACCACAGAGAUACAGUGACUAAAAGCCGCUUAAUAAAGCUGGCAGCAAUAGCUUGGAUUUCAGGAACAGCUUUCGUUUUGAUCCCUUUCCUUAUUUCCAUAGCGGUCAGUGGACGGACUACGUUGGUAGUUUUUCUUGUUUCAACAUGUCUGAUCCUGGCACUCAUCGUAUAUUUUUACGUCAUGGUGUACCUUGAAAUUCGCAAGCGAAAAUUCAGUCAGAUUCUUCAGGUCAGCGUGUUAGUGUUAUUGAAAACAGAAUACAGAGUUGCGAAGACCACUGCUUUGGUUACGGCAGCCUUGUUUCUUUCCUUCGUCCCUGUUGUUUCUCUCCCUUUAUUGGGAAUAGUUUUUCCCGUACUUCGUAAAAUGUCGGCAUGGCGUGCAGUGGAAACACUAGUGCUUUUUAACUCUUUAGUUAACCCACUUAUUUAUUGUUAUAGAGACUGUCGUUUUAAGAAAGUUGUUCUUGAGUUAUUGAGGGUUAAAAAACCUAAACCAAAGAAUGCAGUGGACAUAGUGAGAUUCACUGAACGAACAGAUGUAGAUGGUCCACUGAAAGAUAGGAUGGAGAUCAUACAAGAAGUAGAUGAAAAUAUCCGUUUGACGAGAUCAGCAUCCUAUGAUUUGACCCGACUUUGUGAUCGACCUUAUAUCGAGCCCAGUAAAAUGUUGGCUAAGAGAAGUAUGUCGGCUCCGUAUAUACAUGUAGGUGGCAUUUCGGACGAAGAUUAACUAGACGCGUGCAAGAGCAUUGACCAUCGUGUUCCAUGGCGCCAAGAGCGCCGUUUGAAGUUUUUCAGCGAGAAUAUGAUUCAGAACUGCUUCCACAAAGAAGCGAUCCUUAGGAACGAUGACCAUCUUAGGAAACGGAAGAUAAGGGCAGAGGGCAAAUAUCGAGCGAACAGACUAUUUUCCACAGACGAUUGAGAGACUUUCAGCAUAUUCAUUGUUUAUAAGAAUAUAUUUUAUAAGAAUAUCGAGGCUGAAAUUUGCGAAAUUUUAAGAACAUCUUGAGAAAAAUCCCAGGCUGAGAUUUUGAACAGAGCAUAAUAUUGUGUGUUGAAAAUCUAUAAACUCAAUACAAAAUGUUUUUAACUUAACUUAACCAAACGGGAACUCCCCUAAUCAACAAAACGAAAAAACCUGCACUAAGGAUAAUUGAUACCCCAAUAUAUUCUAAAACAGAAAUGUCAUAAGCAAUAAUUUAACAAUAAUACAAGAAUACUUUCAGCCUAAAAUCAGCAUUUUAUAAGAAUAUCGAGGCUGAACUUUGCAGUAUCUUAAGAAUAAACCUCAGGCUGAGAUUUUGAACAGGAUAUAAUAUUGUGUGUUGAAAAUCUAUAAACUCAAUACAAAAUGUUUUUAACUUAACUUAACCAAACGGGAACUCCCCUAAUCAACAAAACGAAAAAACCUGCACUAAGGAUAAUUGAUACCCCAAUAUAUUCUAAAACAGAAAUGUCAUAAGCAAUAAUUUAACAAUAAUACAAGAAUAUUUUCAGCCUAAAAUCGGCCAAAGAAAAUAAGAAUAUUCAGCCCGGGCCCGAAAAACAACGCUCUUUCAAAACUAAAGUUGCGUAAGUAAAAACCUUUGUUUAAUUAUUAUUAGCAGUCGCGAGACUAGUUAGUCUUGGAAACAAAUACAAACACCUCAGCAGAUCUCUUGAAUAGGCAUAUCUUUAACUACUCUCUUCCCACAGCUCGAGCUUAGUUUAUAUCUGCCGAGACUACAAAUUGUUUCAAACGUUUGUUCCGAUUUAUUGUUCGCUUAAAUUUUAGUUGUUAUCAGACUACCAUUUCGAAAGUUAGUACACUCUUUUUUUUUAUAAGAAUGUUGUUUUUCCGGCCAGGCUGAAUAUUCUUAUUUUUCUGCCGAUUUUAGGCUGAAAAGAUUCUUGUAUUAUUCUUAAAUUUUAGCUUAUGAAUUUGUCAGAAUACUUUUUUGCGGUUUAGUUUAUGUCUUUUGUGCUGAAUACUGUACAUAUGUAUUACAUGUACCGUUUAUCAUGUCAUUAGCGUUGAACAUUUUGCUCUAGCUAGUGCAGGUUUUUUCGUUUUGUUGGCUAGUUUCGCCGUUCAGAGAAAGGAAUAAUUUUAUACGGUUAAGUUAAAAACAUAAAAUUGUAUUGUAUUUUAUAUCUAUCCUUUUCAAAAUCUCAGCCUCGGCUUUAUUCUUAAAAUAUUCUUAAAAUUUCGCAAAUUUCAGCCUCGAUAUUCUUACAAAAUAUAUUCUUAUAAAAAAAAAAGAGUGUAUGAUGUUUCUUGUAGAUUUUGAUUACAUUGAAUGAAUUAAACAUUAGCAACCGGAAGUACUUUUUUUAUUAUUUUUGUCCUGAUAUUUUCUAAGCGCUGGGGCAUAGAUUGCGCGAGCUCCUUAAGCGUGUCUAGAGCACAUUUUUCCAGGCGAGGCGUAGUCGUCUUCUUAGCUCGCCUAGUGUGUUGGGGUUGGAUCCUUGUAAAUUGUCUUGAUAAUGGUAACCCAGUUGUUCUCUUGCUACAGGGUUCAGAUUGGGUAAGUUUGCCGGUCAGUCAUCCUUGGGUAUCCUCAACUUCCCACGUGGUUUUGUUUCACCUAGUAUCCCACGGAGACAUUGCACCAUACGAUUUCGUUUCUUGUAUUCGGAUACUGAAAAGCAGAUACUUUGGACGCUCUUCUGUAAAUAAGAGAUUCUUCCAAUCCUCUGCUGUGGGCUUUAAGUAUUUCUAGGCAAAUCUUAACCAUCCCUUCAAUCUUCGCUCCGCACUUAACAGUGAUAUCUUGUAUUGCUUGAAAACUUUCUUUUGUUGGUCGAUCCAUACCGUUGUGCUUGAAACUUAGUUCAAUUAUUACGCUUAUAAAUAGCUUUUAAUUAAUUCGAUUAUACGUUUCUCGCAAAGUUUAUUAACACAGUAGGCUGUCUGCUCCUUGGUUUGUCUUCGAAAGAGUAUAUUUUUAACCACUUGUUCACCCAUCGUUCUGAUCUUUCUCAACAAUUUGGCAAUUCCUUAGACCGAACGAAUAGUGUGCCUUCAUUUCUGUGAAAAAGUAGAGAAAAUCCAGAAAAAAAUGAAACGGCAAUGCAAAGAAGACUACAAAGUAGAAAGGAAAUAUAUUCUGAAAAAAGGCACGCUCGCGUUCACAAAAGACCAUGUUAGUUUAUAACUUAGCUUAUCAGUCCCCCGGGAUAUAAACCUCCCUUGUACUGAACUGAAUUCGAAUUUUUGGAAGUUUUGAAACUUAAAAAAGCGAGUAAAUUCAAAAAGUAUCUUGAUCAGCACUGCUAUGGCUUUUUCGAUUUUUGGGUGAAAAGCAGUGACUCUUUUGUCUUGUUAUAAUGGGCCUUUUCCAUUAGUUGAUCACGUGACUGGGUGGCAAAUCAAAUCCUUCUUAUUUUGCCAUGUAAAUCACUUUUUUGAUCUCUUUCAAUGAUGUAAUUUCUCUGGAAUCGAGGCCCUUGAAUUUUCGUGUUUUUAUACACGCGUAUGGUCUGCGACUGCAGACGUAUUUCCGGUCGUCGGUAACACUCGCACUAAAUCAAUUCAGAAACAAAAAGUAUCGUCUUCGGUAAAGUAGGAAGUAAAAAACCUUUAGCGAGUAAAUCCAGAUUCGUGUAGAAGUAAUCGUCUCCUCAUUUAUCGUUCUAAUCUGCAAGCAAGCGAGAGUGAUGUCGCUGUAAGAACGUUCUUGUUUUAGUGCGCUUUUGACAAACCUGCGAACUCUAAAGUUCAAAAGCCGCCUUCACAAUUGCUUUUUUCGCUGCGUCAAUCAUAAUUACGAUCACAAGCAACGAAUCUUGAAACACAGAAACGCACAAAACGGAUCGAAAUCCACCAAUCACAUAAGACAGUUCUAAAUGAUUGAUAAUAUAUAACUAUUAAAUAUGGACGUACGUUGUAAAGAGAUACUUUUUCUUUUUUGGGCCCAGAGAAUCGACAGGAUAUUUUAAUCACGUGGGUGUAUUAUAUUUUUCCACUUCAAUAAGGAAAUGCAAAUUUAGAAAUCUUACUGUUACCAAACAGCUGGCCUUGAGAAGUCCGUUCGAAAAACCAAAAAUCGUUAAAAAUCCAAGAAUUUCUUGAAUAUCGUUAAAUUACUCUCCGAACGUAUUGAAAAUUCUUCAAAUUUCUUGAACAACUUAGACUUGGUUAAACAGGUUUUUGCAAGCAGAAGUUUCUUAUCUAUUCUUCUUUUUUUUUUUCUUUUUGUAAAUUCGGCAGGUACCAUAGAGGAUAGAGACAAUUUUUAAUCAUUUGUGUUAAUUUUUUUCUGUGGGAAAGUAACUUUAUUAAAUUUCGUACGAUAUAUAUUUUAUAAGUAUAGGUUCAGUUUUGGAAAACAUCAAAUAGAUGUCAAUUAGCCAUGAAAAAGGAAGCUUCAUUGCAUUGAAACGGCAGUACAGUUUGCCUUUUAUGUUGGAAAUGUCCUUUUGGCCAUUUUUGUCAAUUCCAGUUGGUGGGAAACCGGUCCAGAAAAGAGGUAUUGAUUAAAGGGUGGUAUUUUUUUUGCUCUCGUUAAAGUGUUAGAGUGAAGUUUUGUUUUGCAAAUAUUUUUUUUUCAUUGUCAAGAGAGCCGGAAUGAAACGCUCUCUCUUGAACUGAAUUUUCUUUUUAUCUUGGCGCCUAUGAAAGCGCGGCACGUACAUUUAUGUAUGGGUGCUGUGUUGUAUUUAAGCGACACUCUCCUGUAAAGUGCUGUAAUCGAUGGUCCUAGUUUUGAACUUGGAAACAAUCCUGGCCAUCUUAAGUGCGAUUCGAUUUUCAAGUUUUAUGUGCUCUGCUUUCGUGUGGCUUAGUUUGUUGUAUCUUAUCGAGUGGUUUUACUUUUAGUGAAGUCCGGAUUAAGUCCGUCGUAGUUUUUUUUGCAUUCAUCCUUAUCAGCAACGUCAUUACGAACUAUUGCCAAUUAUUUUAGCCACAUUAAGAAAUAAAAAAAGAGGAGAAGUUGGUGUUCAAGUUAAUUUAAACCCAUUGCCACUAAGCAGCUGGUCAGGUUUGAUUGGAUUGUUUUCUUUAAUUUUCUACCCAUACCGCUAAGUAACAGUGGCGUACACUGUUUGUUUGUUUGUUUUUUCCAGUAUUUGAAUUAGAUUGUAAUCAUUAAUUUCUUGGUGAUAGCACGAAGCAACAAUGUAAUGUAUUGAUUAGCAAACUGAGUCCUUACUAAUGAGAGUGUUAAAUUUGGAAUUAAGUUAAGAGCGAUAAUAAGCUGUCCGUGUAAUUGUCAUUUGACAUUUUUCUUUGAGGUGUCAAAUAAAAGUUUUAAAUCUUUUAAUAAUCGUAAAAAUUUAUAAUGGAAUUAAGUGUGAAAGCUUUCAAAAUCAGUUGAAGCCAAGGUGUGCGUACGUCAUGGCUUGAAAGUGCUUGUUUGUCAGUCAGUCAGUUUAGCAAGGCUUCAUCAUGGACCACAACCAGACAGAAGCGUCCAUCAUGUCAACGAGUACGACCAAGUCAGUGAUUUAUUGCCCACAUAUUCCACAAUUACAAAACAGUGGAUAUCCAAGGAUAUUUCGAGUUACGGGAGCCAAUCAGAACGCGCGAAAAUUGCUGUCCACUGAUUUGGUGAAUACUAAGUGCAUAUAUAUAUGUAGGUGCUGUGUCCUAUUUUAGCAAAACUUUUCUGUAAAGUGCUGUAAGCGAUGGUUCUAGUUUGGAACUUGGAAACAAUCCUGGCCAUCUUAAGUGCGAUUCCAAUUUCAAGCUUCCGUGCUCUGCUCUCCUGUGGCUUUGUUUGUUGUAUUUUAUUAGGUGGUUUUACCUUUAAUGAAGUCCUAAUAAAGUCGUCUGACAUAGUUUUAGUGCAUGCAUUCUUAUCAGUGUCGUCAUUACCGCGGAACUAUUACCAAUUUUUUCGGCCACAUUAAGAAAUAACAAAAAUAAUUAGUUGAUGUACAAUUUAGUUUAAACCCAUGGCCACUUUGCAGCUGGUCAGGUUUGACUGGAUUGUUUUCUUUAAUUUUGUACCCAUACCGCGGAGUAACAAUGGCGUACACUGUUUGUGUGUGUGUGUUUUUUUUCCAGUAUCUGAAUUUGAUUGUAAUCUUACUAAUAAGAGAGUUUGAUUUGGAAUUCACUUGAGAUAUAUAAUGAGCUAUCCGUGUAAUUGCCUUAUAACAUUUUUGUUUGAGAUAUAAAAGAUUUGAAUCCUUUGUUAAUUCUAAAGAUGGAAUUAAAUUUUGAAACCUUGCAAAAUUAGUUGAAGCCAAGGUGUGCGUACUUCAUAGCUUGAAAGUUCUUGUUUGUCAGUCAGUUUUAGAACGGCUACAUCAUGGACCACAACCGGACAGAAACGUCCAUCAUGUCAUCGAAUACGACCAAGUCAGUGUUUUAUUGCCCACAUAUUCCGCAGUUAAUAUGGAAUGUGCAUGACACCAUUUCUCCUUGGAUAUUUGCCGCUUUCGCAUCUAUAAUCUCACCCGCCGCAGUUCUUUUGAACGCGUUAGUUAUCAUAGCAAUUAUGAAAAGGAGAGAACUACAGAAACUUUCCAAUAUCCUGUUGUCAAGUAUGGCCGUUACGGACCUUCUUGUAGGUGCUAUAUGUAUACCGUUGUCUGCUAUAGAUGGAUUCUUACUUCCCUAUCAAAUUCUUGCUGCUCAGCACAUUUGCACGCUCGACGUGGCAACAGCCUGUUUAUCACUCACUCUAACAUUUUGUUCGCUGUUCCAUCUGGCGCUGGUUGCAUGGGAGAGAUACGUGGCCAUUCGAAAAUGGAGGGACUACUGA